UCAUCGAAGUAUAAAGUGCUAUUGUUUGUAAAUAAGUUAUACAUAUAUCCUAAAUUUGUCAAUAUUUUUGAAACAUUAAAUGUUAAUCAUCUAUUAUAUAUACUUAUUUUCAUGUUUACUGAAAUUCACAAGUGCAUUUACAAUGUGAAGAUCUUAGUUAAAAUAGAAUAUUUCCUAACUGUAGAUGGAUAUGCUGGUGGGGAAUGUCUGAAGAACAUGUAUAGUAUCAAGUGUUAUAGUGACAAUGCCAUAUGUAAAAGUGGUAUUUGUCUGUGUAAAAAUGGACGCCAUGCCCGUGUAGGCGACUGUAUUACCGAUGAAACGGUCGGAGGAAUAUGUUUUGGCAAAAACGGCGACAUGUGUCUAAAAGAUGAGAACGCUGUUUGUUGGAAUGGCGUUUGUUUUUGCAAUGAUGAUUCUUCACAAUUAAACAGAAAAUGUGUGCAUGACGAAAUGUAUGGCGGUAUAUGCCUGGAUUGGAACCAGAACUGUCUUUUAGAUAAAAAUGCUGAAUGUGAAGAUGGUAUAUGUCAGUGUAAAUUUGGAACAAGUGAAGUAUCUGGGAAAUGUGUUACAGACGAGACGUUAGGUGGAACAUGUGAUGGUGCAUAUGGUACUAGAUGUGGACGAGACAAGAAUGCUGAAUGCUGGUUUGGUUAUUGUUUGUACUGUACGGAAAAUGCUAGGAACAUAAAUGGCACAUGUGUUCUGGAUGAAACAGCUGGAGGAGUAUGCAAAGGAAAACAGGGUCGGGAAUGUUUGUUAGACUCAAAUGCUGUUUGUAUUAAUGGAUCUUGCUUGUGCAAGAAAGGAACACAACAGGUGGGACAGAAAUGUCAAAGGGAUGAGCAUCUUGGAGGACUUUGCAAAGGAGUUGAAGGAUCCCCGUGUACAGGAGAUACAACUACGGUGUGCAGUAAAGGAGUAUGCAUCUGUAAUGUCGGCUCGACAGCCAUGGCUGGAAAAUGCAUGGAAGACGGUUUACUGAGAGGGUUUUGCAAAGCUGGAAAAUGUGAAGGUAAAAAUGUCGUCUGCAGCAUAAACACAAAAAUGUGUGUAUGUAAAACAGGAUACCUGGAAACUGGAGGAAAAUGUGUGAACUAGCUAGGUAAGAAGAUGUGUACAAAGCGGUGUGUUCGAUAGGUCGGGAUAUGAAUAAAUCUGUGAAUAAAUCCACAUGAGGAAUUGCUGUGUAUAUUUCAUUUUGUGAAUAAAUCCACAUCAGGAAUUACUGUGUAUAAUUUAUUUUAUGAAUAAAUCCACAUCAGGAAUUAUUCUGUAUAUGUCAUUUUGUGAACAAAUCCACAUGAGGAAUUACUGUGUAUAUGUCAUUUUGUGAAUAAAUCCUCAUUAGGAAUUA